UAAAUCCUCCCGCCAUUUUCGUUCGUUAUUUUCUGUUUACAAGUUUGAAUUUUGAACGCGCGGUGUUAGUAAUAUUAGCAUGAUUUCGUUGCUUUUAUAAAUGUACUAACAUUCGAGUGAUUGUUAUCAAAAACGCUUAGUUGAUGGUGAAAAUUCAAAAAUGGCCAAUGAGAGUGACACGAACAAGGAUUCCGGUGAUGGAAUGGAAAUUGAUGCAGGCGAUGAUCUACACAACGAAUCUGAUGAAGAAGGAGGCUUGCACAUUGCGGAAGACAUUUAUAUUCCUCCGCCGCCAAAAAAAAAUAAUGAUUUAGACACACAAGCCCCUAGACUCAUGAUCAACAAUAUUGUGAAUGAAAAUUUUAAGAGCUACGCCGGGAAAGUGACAAUCGGACCUUUCGACAAAUGCUUCUCUGCGAUAAUCGGCCCAAACGGCAGUGGAAAGAGUAACGUCAUAGAUUCUAUGCUAUUCGUAUUUGGCUACAGAGCUAGCAAAAUUCGUUUGAAAAAGAUUUCCGAACUUAUUCACAACUCCAGUCAACAUAAGGAUAUCAGAAGUUGUUCAGUCUCCAUCCACUUCAGCAAAAUCGUAGAUAAGGGAAGCGGGACAUAUGACAAAGUCCCUAACAGCACUGUUAUAAUAUCGAGAACAGCAUUUAAAGAUAACUCGUCGUUCUAUGAAUUGAAUGGAAAAAAAGUCCAAUUCAAGGAGAUUGCAAAGUUAUUGAGAUCGGAAGGAGUGGAUCUUGAUCACAACAGAUUCCUGAUUCUGCAGGGUGAAGUUGAGCAGAUAGCAAUGAUGAAGCCCAAAGGACAGACCGACCAAGAUUCUGGUAUGCUUGAAUUUCUUGAGGACAUUAUUGGUACAACCAGAUACAAAGAGCCAUUAGAAAAACUGUCCCAAAACGUAGAGUUACUUACGGAGAGACGAGUUGAGAAACUCAACCGUUUGCGCCUAGUUGAAUCUGAGAAAGAUGCACUGGUCGAACCAAUGCAGGAUGCAGUGCAGUAUUUGAAAAUAGAAAAUAGCAUAACGAAAUUACAACACGAAUUAUACCACUGCAAAAAGUUCGCAGUUUUAGCGGAUCUAGAUGAGCAAAAAGGAAAAAAAGAUGAACUUGACGCAGACUAUGCUUCGCUCAAUGCAGAGAUGAAAAAAGUUGACGAAGAGAAGCAAGUAAUAACGAAAGAGGUGAAUGAGAAGUGCAACAAGUGGGACGCGUUGCAACGUCGAAAAGACAAGGCCUCAGCAAAGUUCGAUGAAAUAAGAAAACAGGAUGAGGUUUUUCACGCUGAGCUCGUUGAAACGAAUAAGCGUCGUAAAAUGAACGCCAAUAUCUUAAAAACGGAAAAAUCGAAUUUGGAGGAUUUGGCCAAAGUGCCAGAGAAAAAUGCGAAAAGUAUUGAAGAAUGCAAAAGCUUAGUAGAGAAAUCGAGUGUUGCGCGGAAAAAAGAGGAAGAAGCUUUGGAAAAAUUGAUGAAAGGCCUACGCGAGAAAACCGAGCCAUUGCUCAAGGAGCGUAAAGAAUUCGAGACGAAAUUGAUAGAUUUGAGAAAAAACGUCGAUCAAGCAAAGGCCAUUUGCGAUCUCGCAGAGUCGGAGCUCAAUAUUUACACGUCAAUGGAGCAAGCUGAGAAACAAAAACUCGAAGAACUCCAAGAAACGUACAGAAAGGGGAGUGAUAUUUUCAAGCAGCGGAAGCAAGAAUUAACCACUCUUGAAACAAAAAUUCCGAUCACAGCGAAGAAUCUUCACGAAGCGAAGAAAGAGCUGGAGAACGUGAGAACGCGGGAAGCUCACGCGACCUCGAAACUCAGAGACAUGAGAGUGCAUUUUGAGGAGAAAAGAUCAGCGAUGAACGCGAGUAGAUCAAGAAAUCGUGUAAUCGACGCUCUUAUGCAAGAAAAACGAGCCGGACGGAUGCCCGGUUUGUUCGGGCGCCUCGGGGACCUCGGUGCGAUCGACGCUAAAUACGAUAUAGCAGUUUCAACAGCUUGCGGUGCGCUCGACAACGUCGUCGUUGACACUCUGAAAACGGCCCAAGCAUGUAUUUUGUAUUUGCGACAGAAUGACAUUGGUCGGACGACUUUCAUACCGCUCGAGAAACAAGAACGAUACGCUCCACAGUGUCGUCAGAAAAUAACAACUCCGGAGAAUGUGCCAAGGCUCUUCGAUCUCAUUAAGGUCGAAGACACAAGAGUUCUUCCGGCUUUUUACUACGCUCUCCGUAAUACUCUUGUAGCAAAUGAUUUGAAUCAAGCAACACGAAUCGCUUAUGGCCAGCAGCGAUACCGCGUCGUUACGCUCAAAGGAGAGCUCAUCGAGCUGUCGGGAACGAUGAGCGGUGGUGGCAGGACCGCUCUUCAAGGACGCAUGGGUCAAAGUGUUGUACGGAGCGAACCGACCGCCGCAGAGAUCGAAACAUUACAGACUAAUCUCGACACUGUUUACCAAGAGUGCAAUGAUUUAAGAUUGAAACAAAAGUCUCUGGAAGAUCAAAUAACUACGUUGGAAACAGCUCUCAAGCAAAUGACCGGUGAUCGCGAUAAGUUUGAAAUCGAAACGAAGGGAUUUGCAGAGCAAGAACCCACGCUGCGAGCCCGAAUCAAGGCACAAAAGGAAAAGUGUACCCAGGUUGUUUCGAGCCCGAAAGAAGUUGAACGUCUUGAAAAAGCUCUCGAAGGGGCCCGCGCCGAUUACAAAAAGGUCAAGGAACGUUCGCAAAUAACUGAAGAUGCAGUUAAGCGUUUGAGCGACGAGAUUGAAAAACUUUCCGGAGGUAUUGUCAAAGAGCAGCAGAAUAAAAUCGGUGCAUUGUCGAAAACCAUUGAUAAAGCGGAAGCGGAGAUCCGACGGCUUCACGUCUCCGUUAAAACGGCUGAGAGGAAUACGAAAAAAUCAGAACAAAGAAUAGAAACAUUGGAAAACGAUGUGAAAAUGUGUGAACAGAAAAUUCGGGAUAUUCAAAAACAGAAGACGGAUUUGGAAGAGAUCGCAAAACAAUUAUUGGAAGAGAUUAAAGAGCUUGCCGAAGCGCUCACCGAGAGAGACGAGAUUGGAGCAGCCUCGAAGGAAAAAUUGAACGCUCUCGCAGCUCGUGAAAGCAAAAUGAAAGUCUUAAAGAUUGAUCUUGAACAAAAAAUUCGCGACGCUGAUAAAAAACUGAGCGAAUUGAAAGAGCUCGUACCAGAGUACGAGCGAAGAAUCGCGAGUCUCAAACUCCACGAAAUACCAGGUGAAACUACCGAGACGCUUGAUAUUCUGACGGAUGAACAAGUUCAGGAAUUAAAUUCUACGAAUGUUUCUGCCCAACUGCAAAAAGCGAAGAAAAGGUUACCGAGCGAGAUACCGAAUAUGCAGGUUAUCAAGGAUUAUCACGUAAAAGAAGCGGCGUAUCUCAAGAGAGUAGCCGAACUCGACGAAAUCACUUCGGAGAGGAACAAACUCCGGGAUCUUUAUGACAUGGCGAAGCGAAGACGCACUGAGGAAUUUCUAGCCGGUUUUGCAAUAAUAACGAGCAAACUUAAGCAAAUGUAUCAAAUGAUAACAUUGGACGGUGAUGCGGAACUCGAGCUCGUCGAUUCCAUGGAUCCAUUUAGCGAAGGCAUCGUCUUCAGCGUCCGACCGCCCAAGAAGUCUUGGAAAAACAUAAGCAAUUUGAGCGGUGGUGAAAAAACUCUCAGCUCUUUAGCCCUGGUGUUUGCUUUGCAUCACUACAAGCCUUCGCCCGUUUAUUUCAUGGACGAAAUCGACGCAGCGCUCGAUUUCAAGAACAUAUCGAUCGUUGGAAACUACAUAAAAGAUCGUGCCAAAAAUUCACAAUUCAUCAUCAUAUCUUUGCGUGAUAAUAUGUUCGAACUUGCUAAUACCCUCGUUGGUAUUUACAAAACUUACGACGCGACUAAAAGCGUUACUAUUAACAUGGAAGGUCACGAAGGAAACAACGGUCUUCCGACCACCACCCAAACCGGUAUCAUUCCAAAAAAUCCUUAUUGUUCACAAGCUUCUCGACAACUUUCCCAGGCAGCAAACAAAACGGCGAUGCCCUCGGCUUCUCUUCCUGCGAGAGUCGAGUCCCAGGCUCCUCCUGUUGUUCCAGAAACUCCUUCCCGACCAUCCACCGGUGAGCUCAAUCUGAGCCUCGGAGACCUGAGCCUUCCACCGACCCCGAUGAAGACACCGACGCGUCGUCAGAGCUCCGAGUCAAACUCGGACGUCGGAGAAUCUAAGAGAAAAUCUAGUCGGAAAAGACGUCGACUUUGAUGAAUUAUCAAAAUGUGUCAUGCACUAUUGCGAAACAAAUGUUGUUUCCGACAUUUUUUAUUUACUAAAUCGAGAAAUAAUAUUUUGAUUAUUUGUGUAAUUAUAGAAUUUAUGAAAUACAUAUGCAAUUUUUUCAUUCCCGAAA